AUGGCGUCCCAUCACCUUGCCAUUGCAAAGGCAUCAUUAUCGGCAGGGCUCUUACGUCCUGACCCCACAUCUGUCCCGCGUGAUGAGAUCACAGCCUUCCAUACUCUGCUCGACACGGCGCUGUCGCAUUGCUCCGUAGCGAACAUCCAGAAAUGCAAAACAUGGCUGCUCAACUAUGUUGUCUCCUCGUCUAAUCGGAUAAAUGUUUGGGCCAAGUACCUGGCUGCUUUGUCAGGCUCGUUCACCAGCGGAGAAGAUGGACAGCCACCCAAGUCCAAGGAGUCUCGCCGUGCCACAUCCUCAAAAAGAAAGAGGCUGCACAUUCUGUACCUACUUAAUGACCUUUUCCAUCAUACCAAGUACCACCUGGACACCCCGGCCGCGUUCUCCACCUUGAGUGGUUCAUUGCAGCCGUUCAUCGUGGAACUGCUGGGCUACGCUGCAUCCUACGACCGACAGAGGAACCCCAAACAUCAUAGGCGCUUAGAUGAUCUGUUGGAUAUCUGGGAGAAGAAUGGUUACUACGGCGGCGACUAUGUCAAUAAGCUGCGCGAGGUGGUUAAGAACGCGGCCGAGUCCGGACCCCUCAAGGCGUCUAUUGACGUUGAACAAAACAACAUGUAUACGGCGAACAGGCCUCCGGAGAAAGAUGCGCCGUUUGUGAUGCCGUCCACCCACGGUGAUCCAUCCACGCCUUACUACGACCUCCCGGCGGGCAACCUGGUUCCGCAUAUUAUACCCGAUUCAAACGUCCCUCUCCGACCUGACACUAUCAAGCCUUUGCAAUUCCUGGCGGGUCCGGCAGAUGAAAAGUUGGUGACGGCGCUCAAAGCAUUUCUCAAAGAUGUUGAUCGGAUCUAUCAAUCGGGGCCACCGGAGGAUCAAAAGGAAGCAAUUGUGGACAUUGAUGAACUGGGCCAACCGAUUAUUCGGGAUGAGACCAGCGGGGGGAUUCUCGACGGUGAUACAUACUACGGGUGGUCGCGUGCAUUUUGUCGGCAGAUGAAAGAAAUCCGAACCAAGGGCCGCUCGCAAAGCCGCUCCCGGAGCCGCAGCUCUUCACGGCGACGACGAUACAGUGGCAGCCCAGCGAGCGACGACAGCCGAUGGAGGGGCUCACGAUCCCGAAGCCGAUCGGCUCCGCGCAGGCGCGAAGGCUUCGAUCGACGCUACGAUUCUCGGUCUCGGUCUCGAUCCCGAUCACCGCGACGAUCGCGGUCCCGCGAGAAAUCGUAUUCCCCACGCGGACCAUCCCCGGCGCGCUAUCCACCACCUGGUCCUGAGCAUCAUGCUCACAGCAACCAGUACGCCAGCGCCGCGCCCCCGGGAUUCCAUCCUUCUCAUCCCCCACCGCCGCCACCCAUGCACUUCCCUCCUGCACAUGCACAUGCGCCACCAGUGCCGCCGCCUGCAUUUCCCCCACGAAUGGUACCAGGCGCGCCCCCACCCCGUCCACCGAAUUACCAGGGCCAGUGGCCUCCGCCCCCACCCCCACCGAUGCCGACGAUGCCGUUUCCCCCGCACGGCGCAGGGAUGCAACCGUCGGCAUUCCCACCGCCUUUUACGGCACACGGCCAGUUCCCGCCGUGGAACAUGGGUUCGGCGCAGCCGAUGCCACCAGGGUCGCACCACUUCCCCCCUCCGCAUUCUGGGGCGCCACCCCCGGGGAUGGGUCAGGGACAAGGACAAGGACAAGGACAAGGACAAGGACGGGGGGCGCCGGGUUCGUGGAACCAGUAUGGGGGUGGAUAUCCGCCAGCUGGGCGUGGUUGGAGAUAG